AAACAGGACUUAUCCCAUUAUUUUUAACGUUUUUAAAAACGUUUCAAAAAAUAUUUUCCAAAUGAUUUUAAAACAUUUCAUAAACAUUUUUUUAAUAUUUUUUUCCUGAUUGAGUAGUUAAAAGUUAAAUUGCGUCAAAUGAAUUAUAUAAAUGGGGAUAGUAAAAACGUCAAAGCGCGCGUGAGAUCAAUUGUUAUUAUAAUGUAUGCACAAUCAUAUUUCUAUGCAAAUGUGUAACUGCAUGAAAGUAUAUAACUCCUGUUUCAAUCGUAUUGCUUGAUAGUUAUUGCAAGUAUACUACGUAGCAUCGGAAGUGAAUAAUCUCGUGCUGCUUGCUUCGCGGGAAUAUCGAUAUAUUUGAUUGUCUUGAAAUUCAAAAUCGAUUUUUUGUGAAUUCUACGUGUAAAAUAUUUUUAUAUUUUCCUCCUGUAUGCAGAGUAUCCAACGAAAACCAUACAAAACUACGUAUGAAGGUAAAGCACGCUGACUAAAGAGACUCCUGGCAUUUUACAAACAACUAGGUGAAAUUUCGAGAUAUUGAUUGAUGAAAAAAGAUUAACGAAUUAGAGUACGCGAUGUUGUUGAACGAGUUCUGUUAGCGCAAAAUCUCAUUAAAAUGGUUUGAAAUGCGAUUGUUUCUUAGUGACACGGGCAGGACGCGCUCACCAUAUGUCGAAAAACAAUUAUUACUGCGCUGCUCGCAUCCAUUUUCAAUAAGAUCAUUUUCAAUAAGAAGUAUAAGAUCUUGCGUUUAUAUAGUCCAUUCCAUCACAUCGCGCGCUUAAAUUCGUCAAUUUUUUCAUUAAUAUCUAGAAAUUGUAUGUGGUUAUUUGCAAAAUGCUAGAACAUCUCAUGUGCUCAGAUUGACAUAUCCUAUUUCCAUACGUGGUUUUAUAUGUUUUGCAGAUAUUGUAUAUAGUGUUUAUAUGCCGCACUUUCUUCUCCUAAUCUGUUAUACAGUCAUCAUCAGUGUUAAUUGUUCAACAUUUUUCAGAUUCUACGUCGAAAAUUUCUUGAAAACGAUAUUAUUUGUUGAGCGCAUAGAGACGAAUUAUAUCGCACUGAUUACACCACCAUUGAACAGUUUACAAGCAUUAAAAUGCUUACGAGUGUAGCAUUGAUAAUUUUAAUAUGUAUUGGUAUAAUCUACCUAAUCUCGAAUUAUCGUAAGAGGUUGCGAUUCGUUCAAGCGGGAAAUGCAUUACCAGGUCCAAAAACGCUACCAAUUAUUGGGAAUGCCUACUACUGUCUCCAGAAAAAUGUGGACGAGUUCUUGAACCUUGUACAGUUGUUUUCGAAUACUUAUCCAUCUCCAUUUCGAGUAUGGAUGGGCAACAAAUUAUUGAUUAGUAUAAGCGAACCAGACCAAAUAAAAAUUGUUCUUCAAAACUCUAGCUGUUUGAAUAAAAGCAUAAUAUACGAAUUUCUCAGAACGUGGCUAAGAAUGGGGAUCCUUACUGCUCCUGCACAUAUAUGGGUCCAACAUCGAAAAAUGCUAGCGUCAAGUUUUAAUACAAAUAUAUUACGAGCAUUCUGCGAUAUAUUUGUGAAACAUACUUCAGUAUUUAUGGAGAAAAUAGAAUACAUGGUAGAUACCGAAGUAGAUUUAUCUCAUCAUGUAACAAAAUAUACGAUGAACAUGACUUACGAAACAUUGCUUAAUAUUAACGAGGGAUCGCAAUUAAAGAAAAAUGAGUUGUAUGUCAAUGCAGUAAAAAGGUUGAAAGAAAUAUUCAUAUACAGACUACGAAAUAUAUUUUUAUAUCCCGAUAUUAUAUUCAAUUUAACAUCUCUAAGCCGCGAACAGCAGAAGCAUGUAAAUUUUCUAUGUUCUGUUGCGGAAGAGGUAAUACAACAAAAGGAGAACGCCAGAGAUAAUUUAGUUGAGAAUAAAAACCAAUCCGCUAUGUUUUCAAGAAAGGCAUUUCUGGAUAUACUAAUGGAAGCAUCUGACGAAGAUAAAAAAUUCACUCGGAAGGAGAUUAUCGAUGAAAUCAAUACGAUGUCUUUUGGCGCAACUGACACAACUGCAAUCACAUUAAAUUUUAUGAUGUUCAUGUUAGCAAAUUUUCCAGAAGUACAACAAAAGGUAUAUGAAGAGCUACUGAAAAUUUAUGGUACACAAGACCCAAAAUUUGCGUCCGUCAAGUUCGAAGACUUGCAACAUAUGAACUAUAUGGAACGUGUUAUUAAAGAAACAUUGAGACUCUUCUCCAUUGUACCUGUCGUAGGACGCCAACUUGAUACAGAUUUACAAAUAGGAGAUUAUAUUUUACCAAAAGGAGCUGAAAUUGCUAUAUUAAUAUUAGCUGUGCAUCGCAAUGAAAAAUAUUGGCCGAAAGCAUUAACAUUUGAUCCAGACAGAUUUCUUCCGGGAAACAUGGCAAAUAUUUAUCCAUAUAGUUAUAUGCCGUUUAGUAAUGGUCCAAGGAACUGCAUUGGUAUGAGAUAUGCAAUGACUUCUAUGAAAGUCUUUAUAGCAACUCUGUUGCGGACAUACAUAUUAAAAGUGGACAAGAAGGUUAAAAUAGAAGAAAUAGAAUUGAAGAUGGAUAUGAUGUUAUCGCCCAUGAAUCCUCUAAAAGUCAGAAUUGAGAAAAGGAAGUGACGGCAUAGCAAAGUAUAAAUAUACUAACGGACAAAAUGGAAUUUUUUAUUAACAUAAUUAAUUGAUAACAUUUAUUGUUAGGAUUUUCGAGGGCAUUAAUUUAAAGUUGUUACAAAACUCAGUCUGAGAAAUCAAAUAUUGCGUUGAAAUUAUUAAAUUUGUAAUAUACCCAGAUUGACAGAGCAUCCUGAACAUAGCAUACAGAUCAUUAUUUAAUGAUCAUUUAAUGAUUAUACAUUUGUAUAAAUAUUCACUUUAACCCUCCGGCAAUAACUUUCUUAUUCACAUUAUUAUACAAUUCACCCCUCUGAGUAACAUAUGAGAAGUUUUAGGCGUUGCUCGUUAUUUGUUAAAAAGUUAUUUACAAACAAAGUUUUAAAAAUGAAACUUCCCAGCAAACACAGAUAUAUAUAGUUACAUUGCCGUAAUGAAAUAUGCAAUAUAAUAUGUAUGUAGUAAGUUAUAUAGACGUAUAAUAUGUAUGUAGUAAGUUAUAUAGACGUUCGUUCCUAUAGACGUAAUUUCCUAAUCACACGUGUUACAGUUAUAUAACGUGAAUAUAACAUAAAAAU